AUAAACUCCCUCCUCCUCGCCAUCGCAUCCCCACCAAAGCAUUCCACAAAAUUCAACAAGCAAUCCAACGCAGUCCAACCCGAGGAGAUCGACCGAGCUCGAGAUCAGCGAGCGAGAAUGGCGGGCAUGGUGUUCGGCUUGGAGAACCCAAUGAUGACGGCGCUGCAACACCUGCUGGACAUCCCAGACGGCGAGGCCGGUGCAGCCGGUGGAGAGAAGCAGGGCCCGACGCGCGCCUACGUCCGCGACGCGCGCGCCAUGGCGGCCACCCCGGCCGACGUGAAGGAGCUGCCGGGCGCGUACGCGUUCGUGGUGGACAUGCCGGGGCUGGGGUCCGGCGACAUCAAGGUGCAGGUGGAGGACGAGCGGGUGCUGGUCAUCAGCGGCGAGCGGAGCAGGGAGGAGAAGGAGGACGCCAAGUACCUGCGGAUGGAGCGCCGCAUGGGCAAGCUGAUGCGCAAGUUCGUGCUGCCAGAGAACGCCGACAUGGAGAAGAUCUCCGCCGCGUGCCGCGACGGCGUGCUCACCGUCACCGUCGAGAAGCUGCCGCCGCCCGAGCCCAAGAAGCCCAAGACCAUCCAGGUCCAGGUCGCCUGAGAUGCGUCUGCGUGCGCGUCGAAUCGAAGCAGAGCGUGAGUGGGAGCGAGUUUCCUGUGAUGAGUAAUGGAGUGUGUGUGUGUGUUUUGAUCUCAUCUGCUAGAGAGUGUGUGUGUCGUAUCGAUUCCUGCGCACUGGUGAUGGUUCGAUGUUUCGUUAAUGGAAAUGGGGAUGAUCUCUGGCUUCGCCUGAAUAAAACAUGCGAUUCUCUUGGCCA